UCGCUCUUGUGGGAGGUGGCGACCGUGAGAGGGGCGAGGCCCGAGGGGCUGGCGGCGCGGCGGCAGCGGCGGCGGCGACGGGGUUGGUGGCGGCGGCAGGGACUUCCCGGCCGGGCUACCGAAUGUCCAGGCAACUAGAAGGCGGAAAAGCUGUUUUCCAAAUUUAGACGGCAAUUUUUGAUGUGAUGCAGGAUGUCAACUGUUCUCAAGCGUGCUAAAGUCCAAUUCUGCUGACCGAGCAUCUGCACAAAUGACCAGGCACUCUUGUCUGGGUCAUCUUUCUGAAGUGUAAAAAGUAAACAGUGGCUCGCAUGUCAAAGGAUGGCACGGUCACGCUCCAGAUCCCCCAGGUGGAAACACAGGUCUUUAUCACCAGUACCUAGAAAUGCUGAACACUACAAGCAAAGAUAUUCUCAUGGGCAUUAUGGCUUUGAAUACAGGAAGGAUCCAAAAAGACCCACCCCUUGGCGAAUGGACAGUGAGAAAUAUGGACAGAGUAAACCAAGGAUUCCUUCUCGUGGAAAUAUACAUUACCGAUCUUAUGAACAUAGAUUCCCUUCCCCAAACAUAAGAAGAACCUCUUCAGAAAAUGUUUAUACUUCUAAGCCUUACCGAGAAUACUUACCAGGAAGAAGGGAUGGUAACAGAAGACCGUACUAUAUGCCCAGAUACUCAGAAGGUGUACCCUACAAGGAGAACCAGAGGGAUUUUUAUCCCCAGAACGUACAAGGAAGGUAUAUUCCUGAUGACCACAGAGUUAGAGGAAGUGGAAAAGGAGGGAAGCCACCCCAGAGGUCAAUAGCAGAUUCUUUUAGGUUCGAAGGAACGUGGCUUGAAGAUGAGUUGAGGCACCAGAGGAUACAAGAUGAAAACCAUUCUCAGUCACUUAGAAGAGGCUCUGAAGACUUUGAGAAAAGGAGCUCUUUUCAGAGGAGGUAUCCUGAGGAUCGUGAUUUCAGAACAUAUGGACACACAUCAGAAAGACCUAAAGACGUGGAAAGGUACGAAAACAGAGAUCCUGUCAGGAACCCACAGUGGAAGUUCAAGCAUUCUCUUCCUUCUUAUCAAGGGAAGAAACAGCAAUGGAACCUUGGACCCCAAACUCAUCGACGUGCUCAGAGGGAACCCCCAGAGACCAGUCUGGCAACCAGGGUAUACUGUGACUAUCGCCACAAACGUCCUAAGACCUUGGGUGGGAACAAGGACUUUUCCGAUGGAAGAAUUCCGAAGUACUCUAAGGAAGAAGAUAGAAAAUACAGUUCUCAAAAAGGCCCCGUAAGUAGACAGUCCAUUUGUCUUGAUGCUGGAAGAGGGAGAGAGACUGAAGGUGGGCAAGUCCAGGUACCUCUGAGAACACCAUCUAAGAAAGACUGCACUGCCUCUACUAACUCACGCAAAAGUGACAUUGGCCUGAGACCCUACAGUGACCAACGGAAGGAGAAAAUAAAGAAAGAUGGGGAUGGCAGAAAAGAGAGCAACUCUUCCAGUAACCAACUCCGUAAAAGUAAAAAGUUUUCCAAUGUGAAACCUUCAUCUGCCAGUCUUAGGAAGAAAUCAUUUACUGUUAAAGUAGAUGUGAAGAAAACAGUAAAUACAUCCAGGGUUGCUUCUAGCUAUUCCACAGAGAGACAGAUGUCACAUGAUUUGGUUGCUGUUGGCAGGAAAAGUGAGAACUUUCAUCCAGUGUUUGAACAUCUUGACUCAACUCAGAAUACUGAAAACAAACCUACAGGAGAAUUUGCUCAGGAAAUCAUAACUAUAAUCCAUCAAGUUAAAGCAAAUUAUUUUUCAUCAGCUGACAUUACUCUACAUGAGCGUUUCUCAAAAAUGCAAGAUACACAUGCUGCAGAUGUAAAUGAAGUUAAAUUGAAUUCAGAUCCAGAAAUUCGCAGGAGACUAGAUAUGUCUUUGGCUGAGCUUCAGAAUAAACAAACAAUGGUAUAUGAAUCAGAACAGACUCUGGUCAAAAUAAUAGACCCAAAUGACCUACGGCAUGACAUUGAAAGAAGGAGAAAAGAGCGGUUACAGAAUGAAGAUGAGCACAUUUUUCACAUAGCUAGUGCUGCAGAGAGGAAUGAUGAGCAUUCCAGUUUUUCAGCGUUGAAGAAUAUUCAUGUUGAUGAAUUCCAAAAACCUACAGGUUUUACAAAAUCAAAUUUUAGAAAAUUUAUUCAGAAAUCACACAUGAAUUUUACCGUGCAGGAAAAAAGCAUCAUUACUCACAAACCCUCUGGAGCUGAGGGAAACCAUCAAAACACCUCAAACUUUAGAAGAUCUUUUAAGACCAACUUUACAGGUGGCAGAUUCCAGCCUCAUUACAAAUCAGGCCUAGUACAGAAGAGCUUAUACAUUCAGGCUAAAUAUCAGCGUUUACGAUUUGCUGGCCCAAGGGGAUUUAUCACUAAUAAAUUCAGAGAAAAAUUACUGAGGAAAAAAAAGGAGUAUACACCCAUUGCCACCGCGGUCUAAUCUGGAAUUGUUACACGUGGAAAAGACCUUACAGGAUGGUAUUCGGGAGCAGCUUUUUAUCCGAAGUUAGAAUUGGCACUCAAGCACUAAUGCAGUAAUUUCCUUGAUAACGUAACUUUAUUUUUCUGUAGCGGAAUGCUGCAGCUUUUUUACACCUAACACUUGCUUUUAAAUUACAGUGUUCAAUGUAAACGUCGUCUCAACUACAGUUUCUUUUGCAAAAAGUCUUACAAGGGCAUUAUUUGUCGUGGUUUUCUCUGAGCAUGGUUUCAUAGAGAACUUAAAUGAGUUACAUCUGGACGUUUAUAUGUUGCAAGUUUUGCUUAUGUAAUAAAAAACAAAACAAAAGUAUGUGAAUUGUAUAGUGUCUGUGCGUGAAAGAACUUGAAACAGUGGCCUUAUGGUAGCAAAUUUUAUACCAGGUUUUCCUUUUUUCUGAUGAUAGUUUGGCUUAUAACUUGUUUUCUUAAGCUUCUGAAGAUCAAGGCCUAUCUAAUUUAUACAUUUCAUAUUACAAUAUAAGAAGGCAAGAGAAAAGGUGCUUCAAAAUUUCCAUCGGGUAGUUAUGAGUGCACUGAAUUUUUAGUAAUUGGUUCAUUCGUUUUUUUCCACAACUAUUUGCUCUUUCCAGUUUCAAAAUGCUAUUGUGGAAAAAAUGUAAAUUUUGUAAUCUCUUUUCCAUCUUAUUUUCCCCUCAGGGCAAGCUUGUGCAUACCAUAUUUUUAAAGGCUUUUUAAAAAUCUGACAGACAAAGUUUCAUAUUUGGAAACUGUACUUUACUACUACUACAGCAUUAUACAUUUUGCAGACGCACAAAGUGUUUAUUUUCAGUUCAGUUGUGUUGAGGAUGUACUAGCAUAAGGUAAAAUUGAUGGGAUUCUAAAUGAUAUUUUAGGUCCCGGUACCUUAUUCCUUUAUGUUUUCUGUGUUCUGCUCAGUGAUACAUACACAUUCCCAGUUAAACUUCUGUGAAAUGCUUAUUUGUAAUGAAAUAAAAAAACUGUUGCUCCUUCUGCUCGAGGAAGUUACUUGCCAGCUUGUGAGGACAUUAUUUUAAUUUCGUAUGAGAAUUAUAGCCCUGAGUAGGACCCCUUGAUAUUUAAAAUAGGUCUACCCUUA